UUGUUGCAGACAAUAAUCAUUAUCAAUUUCAUGGCUUUAUUCGCUCCUGUUAGAGCCGGAGACGAUAUAUUUUCAUGCAACAGUGACUCUGAUUGUUCAUUGCACCAAUACUGCUAUCAAUUAUCGCAACAAUGUGUCAAUUACACCGUUUGCAAAAGGUACAACAGGUUGGAAGGUGAAAACAAGGCCAAAUCUGAAUCUCAGUGCGGGGAAUGCAUAUCUGGGUACAAAGCUGAAAUUUUGGCAACUGGUGUGCCUGAAGCUUUUUGUAAAAAAAUUAAUCCUGUUCCUGGAACCACUGAAACUCCAUUUAUAGACAACGAAACAUUUUCAAUAGGAAUUUACGUAGCUUCAGGAAUUAUAUUAUUAUUGUUGGCGGUAUCCAUUUUCGCUUUACUGGUUAAAAAACGAGCAUAUAUUCACGGUAAUAAAAAAUGGUUUAGACAAAUUGGAAGUUGGAAUUUUAAUCCUACUGCUCCGCCGCUAGAUAGUGGUGAAGUAUACUUGUCAACAAAAUACUACUCGGACGAUGACCCGCCAAUCUACUCCGCGGUGAUAAACAACAACAACAGCCCAACAGAUAAGAACCGGUUGGUUCGCGCAGUGCCUUAUCACCCUCCAAAUUGGGUUGACAGCAACCCAAAUUACGGGCACGAUGAUCCAGAUACUUCGGGGAACACUACAACGACAACAUCCACAUCUACAAACAUGUUUGCGUCGCUGCAAGUUGAAGAUGAAGACACCACCCCAAGUGUUUGGACGCCUGAAGAAAUAACAGUCCAAGUACCAGCACGCGCAUUCCAUCAAUUUGCAACGGAACAACGAGACAAUGUACUGAACACUGUGCUAGUACGCGGUGAUUGUUCAUCAAGCUCAGAAUCACCAGAAGAAACGGGACCAACACCUAGUGCGCAAAACAGCAAUUCGCGCACUAACAACGACACCUACCGCGGACCAAGCGUUCAGAUAAAUCAAAUGAUAACCCUAAACAUGCAAAUUGUUCAUUUAGUUUUCGAAAAUAUCAAAAAAAUUUUAAAUACAAAAAACAAAAAAUUUGCAACGGAACAACGAGACAAUGUACUGAACACUGUGCUAGUACGCGGUGAUUGUUCAUCAAGCUCAGAAUCACCAGAAGAAACGGGACCAACACCUAGUGCGCAAAACAGCAAUUCGCGCACUAACAACGACACCUACCGCGGACCAAGCGUUCAGAUAAAUCAAAUGAUAACCCUAAACAUGGAAGUUUACAAAAUCUGUAAAUGUUAA